AUGAAUCGGAAUUUUGUGUUUAACCAUCAGGAUAGGCCGAGUGCAUGGUCGAGGACUGCGAGCACCCUGAACAGGUGGCUGUGGGGGGCUCUCUGUUGUGGAGUUCCUGGGGUGCCGUGCUACUUCUGCACCUGCUGCGAGAGACUUGAGGAUGGAGGCCCCGAGAGAGAGAGACCCAGAGUUAAUCAGUCUACGGCUACAGCCGACCGCAUGGUGCGGCCACAUCGUCCACACGCGCCGCGCGGACGCAAGCACACGCCAGAAACACUGUCAGCCGUCCGAUGUGCACUGACGCAGCUCCAGGGAGAACCUGGGGUACCAUCCCCUACUGUCCCACCAGAAUACUCCCGACAUUCUCCCGAACCAGGUUGAAAAGAUAUAGAACCAUAUGCAAGCCAAUAACUGAGGAAAUCCAGGAUUUAAACUGGAUUUUUCGGCUUAGAAUUAGGAUUAUUACAAGCAUUUUAGUAUAACUUAGACUUUUGAGGGCAUUACUCACUUGUUACAGUGGGUCAAUAUACUACAUUUGUUCAUGUUCACAACAUGGCUUACUGUCAUCUGAUUCUUCAGAAAAUAGGUACCUACUUGGUGUCGUAAAUUGUCAUUUAGGGCUUCAAAUACAUGUCUUUUUCGUAACUGAUCAUCAUCAGCCCGUAUUCGUCCACUGCUGGACAUAGGCCUCUCCUAUGGCACGCCACUGAGCUCGGUCUUCAGCUCUUCUCAUCCAACCACUGCCAGCCACCUUGCGGAUGUCGUCACUCCACCUAGCUGGAGGGCGCCCUACACUACGUUUGCCUAGACGCGGUCGCGGUGUCGGAUCACUUCGUUUCGGAUUCGAUCCUUCAAAGUACCUGUUCGUUCGUUCUGUUGUAAAGUUCUGUUCUUCGUAACUGUUACCAUUAUGAUACAAACUUCAUGUUUCAGAUCAUUGUAUAGAAGAUCAUCCUCUAUUCCUAUGACAUCUUACAAAGUUAAUAUUGUUAUUUCCAUAAGUUUAUUGAGUUAGUUGUAAAUAAAUGUUUUCAAAAACGUAAUAAUUUCCAGAGAUC